AUGACCUUGGGAACCGGCCUAUUUAUCUGUCUUGGCUUUGGGAUCGAUUGGCCCAAGAUAAUCAUCUUCCAGAUCAUUGUCAGCAUAGGAGCUGGCCCGCUGUUUCAAAGCCCAAUGAUCGCACUACAAAGCCAUGUGAAGCAGGUCGAUAUUGCAGCGGCCAUGUCCGCAUCAUCAUUCAUGAGAAGUCUUUGCAGUAGCAUUUCUAUUGUGAUUGGCUCCGUGCUGCUUCAGAAGAACCUACAUGGCGGAAAACUUACGCUAGAGAGUGAUGAUGGAGCAGACAAAAAUAUAGACAAGACACUGAGUGUCAAGGACUCUGCUUCGGCCCUAAGCACGAUGUGGAUUUUCUAUUGUGCAAUGUGUGGGGCCAUGAUGUUGGCAUCGCUCUUCAUCAAAAAGAUGCCGACACAUAAAGCGGCUAGGGACCGUUGA